GCGGCGCCGGUGGCGGCGGCGGCUCCUGAGGGAAGGAGGUGGCGGCGACGCUGCUGGGAGCUGGAGCGAGAGGCCUCCCCCUCCGCCGGCCUCCCGCUCGAUCUCGCGGCCGGACAAGGCACAUUGGAACCAUGAAGGAAACUAUUCAAGACAAGAAGUAUUGGGGGUCAUCCCAUGGCCUCCACAGCCCCCUUGGGCCCCCAGGCAAGCUGCGCAGAUCUUCCCAGGAGUGGGGCCAACAAGAGCAUAAACAUGGUGGCUGCUUGGAAGGAAGUAGGCACUUGGCUUGUGGCAAGGAGCAGCCCCUGGGCUUUGACCAUCUGUCCUCUGGCAGUGAAGAAGAUGAAGAAGAUGAUGAAGGAGGAGGAAAGUGGGCUCUUCCCAGCAUGUCCACCUGGGGGGUUGCAGGAGGCACAGCUGACCCCUCCAGGAGCAAAGCCUCCCGGGGGAAGAUUGCAAGGAGUGGGGGAAGAGCUUGGCCAUUUGAAGUAGGGACAGGAUCGAAUCCCAGAGGGCAUCCACAGCUGCUGAGGAACCCCAGGCGCCACUAUUUCCGCCGCAGGCGCCAGCGUGCCCUACGGGCCUUCCGCAUGCUGCUGUACUUGAAGAGCUCCUCCCUGGCUUUCCACUGGAAGCUGUGGGGCAAGUUGGCCUCUAAAGGGCGCCGGCGAGGAGGGCCAAAGCGGGCCCGCUCCUCGCUCUCCCUUUCCCCUGGCUCCCAGCCCGAUGAUGAUCACCUUCCCCUUUACAAAAAAAACUGCCUGUUGGGAGUGGAGGACUGUCCGGGGGGAACCAAGCGUCGACCCGGCCCCUCUGAGCCCCACUUGGACUAUGAAUUGGAUGGGGCCUUUCCCCCUUCUGCAACCUCACCUCAAGCAUCCCGGCUCAGCUUGCUGGGAGCCCUGAUAGAUGACACAUCCCCCUAUCCUCAAUAUGUGGAGCUGCAGGGGGUCAGUUUUGACAAAGAUCCUGGAGCUGUGGAGAUGGAUGAAGAAGCAGCUGCCAUGCUCAAGUACCCUGCUGGGGGGGCCCAGGCCUCCCCCCGGACUAGGAGGCUCAGAGAGGCAGAGCACGGCCUGGAUGGAGAUGGAGGCCCCCAGGAUGCCCUUCCCAAUGGCUUUGCCUCUCUCGCUCCUGAUGGGGAUAUCUGCUCCCUCCCUGGAGUCACGGAUGCAACCAUCCUCAUCAGCAAUGUCUGUAGCAUUGGAGGCCAUGUGGCUGAGGAGCUCUUCCAUGGGCCCCGAGACAAGGACAGGACACCGGAUCCCUCUGGCAUCAGGCUAGAAAUGGGGAGCCAGCAGGCAGAGCUGCCCACUGAAGGUGGCCUGGAGCAGCUGGACGAGAAGGCAGCCCAGCACAGUCCACUGAGGGAGGAGCACCUCACUUGUGUGCAAAACAUAUUGGAUGAAUUCCUGCAGACAUACGGCAGCCUCAUUCCCAUCAGCACAGAUGAAGUUGUGGAAAAGCUGGAGGACAUCUUCCAGCAGGAGUUCUCCACACCUCAGAGGAAAGCCCUGGUCCACCAGCUGAUCCAGUCCUAUCAGCGCAUGCCUGGCAACGCCGUGGUGCGGACCUUCCGGGUCACCUACAAGCGCCACGUCCUCACUAUGGAUGACCUACAGACGCUCUAUGGGCCGAAUUGGCUCAAUGAUCAGGUCAUGAACAUGUACGGGGACCUUGUCAUGGACACCGUGCCAGAGAAGGUUCAUUUCUUCAACAGUUUUUUUUACGAUAAGCUACGAACCAAGGGGUACGACGGAGUCAAACGCUGGACCAAAAAUGUGGAUAUCUUCAACAAGGAGCUGCUUCUCAUCCCAAUCCACUUGGAGGUCCACUGGUCUCUGAUCUGCGUAGAAGUGAAGCAGAAGAAAAUCACAUACCUGGACUCCCAGCGCACUCUCAACCGACGGUGUCCCAAGCACAUCUACAAGUACCUGCAGGCUGAAGCAGACAAGAAGAACCGGCCGGACUUCCGAGAUGGGUGGAAAGGCAUCUUCCAAAUGAACAUUGCCAGGCAAAACAACGACAGCGACUGUGGAGCUUUCGUCCUGCAGUAUUCCAAAUUCCUGGCACUGGGCCUCCCCUUCACGUUCACGCAGCAAGACAUGCCGAAACUCCGCCGGUUGAUGUACAAGGAGAUGUGUCACUGCCAGCUGACUGUGUGAUGGCCUGUGCCCACUCAGCCCCACAUACACAACCCAUUCCCCUUCCCAGAGCUGGGAGCAGCCCCUCAAAAGCUCUGCCUCACUUCGCCAGGUGGAGGUUCUGAAUGCCACCAGGUCUGGGUGUGUACUCAAGGGGACUUGGGGAUGACUGGAACUCUGAGGUUUGACAAGUGGACUCCUUUUGGGGGGAAUGUUUUUAACCGAAGUUUACCCCUUUUUUCUGUUCUUGGUCUUUCCCCCCCUUUUUCAUAUUUAAACCUAACCCAGGGUGGAGUUUCUUUAAGUUGGUUCUUUUGGAGAGGGAGGGGCUGGGACAUGUAUCAAACACACCCUCUGGAACGACUCCACUCCAAAUGGAAGAGAGACGUUGGAGCCCUGGAACGGGGACCAGGAAGAGGGGGGAGGAGUCGGUUUCCCUUUCUCCUCUGACUUCAUUCCCUUGUUGGUUACUCGUGUCAGUGAACGAUGUGUGGGUUUUCCCCCCCAAGGGCCGGCCUGGGAGUUGGAAAAGUGGGGUGGGGGUGGGGGAACAGGUUUACACACUGGGGCCGAGAACUGAAACAAGCAUUUUUUUUAUACGAUGGCUACCAUUGUGGGUAAUAAAAAGCAUUCUUUGGAGAA